AUGCUGUCCCUUAUUUCCCUCCUUGCAAUCGCUAGCAUUGGCAUACACACUACGUCUGCUCGACCCAAGUCGACACCGGUCCCUAGCCCAAUCUUCUCGAACGUCACAAUCUUCUCGCCUCCUGCAAAUUACACCAUUCCCCGAACCCUCUACGCUCGCACUUUGGAAUUGAAGGUGAAUUGUGCAGCCGAGGAUGGCGUACUCCUCGCAACAUGGGAAAAUUAUGGUCCAAACAACGAUACGAACCCCUACUUCCCAAUCUACCAGUCCCUCGACGGUGGCUUGACAUGGAGCGAGCGGUCGCGCGUGUACGAUCAGGUCAAUGGCUGGGGCAUGCGCUAUCAACCUUUCCUUUAUGAACUCGAGGAAAGCUUCGGUAGUUGGAAUCCGGGCGACAUCUUGGUCGCCGGGAAUUCCAUCCCCAAUGACCUAUCGAAGACACAGAUCGACCUCUACGGGAGCAAAGACAAAGGGCACACGUGGAAGUUCAUCUCGCACGUAGCAAGUGGCGGCGAAGCACUUCCCAACAACGGCCUUACUCCUGUAUGGGAACCCUUCAUCUACGUUUAUCAGCACCAGCUCGUCAUCUUCUACAGCGACCAACGCGAUCCUUUGCACGGCCAGAAGUUGGUCCACCAAGUCUCCACCGAUCUCGUCCACUGGGGCCCUGUCGUCAACGACGUCCGCUACGACACGUACGACUUCCGGCCCGGCAUGACCAUUGUUUCCAGGCUCCCCAGUGGUGAAUACAUCAUGACGUACGAGUUUUACGGCGCGCCGGAAGCUGCGUUCGCAGUGUAUUAUCGUGUCUCGAGCUCACCGCUGACAUUUGACGGUGCGCCGGGUCAUGUCAUCCGUUCGGACGACGGCACGGUGCCGGUCAGCAGCCCGUACAAUGUCUGGACCCCUGCAGGUGGGCCAAAUGGUACGAUUGCCGUGAGCUGCGGAACGCUAAGUGAGGUCUUCUUGCAUACGGGUGAUAUCUCUCACGGCGGGAAUUGGACGAAGGUUGCUACGCCGGAGGGUACUUCUUAUACGCGCUCGCUCCGAGUCCGACAGAAUUCAGAUCGCUUGUUGAUCGCUGGUGGUGGGGUCCUCGGAGGCGAGAACAACAGCGUGACUGCUAGCGAAGUGUCUGUUACUAAACUCUGGAAGGAAUAA